GCCGCCUCCGCCACGGCCCAGCGAGCGGCCCAAAUGCAGGCCAUCAAGUGUGUGGUGGUGGGAGACGCAGCUGUAGGUAAAACUUGCCUCCUGAUCAGUUACACAACCAAUGCAUUUCCUGGAGAAUAUAUUCCUACUGUCUUUGACAGCUAUUCUGCCAAUGUUAUGGUAGAUGGAAAACCAGUGAAUCUGGGCUUAUGGGAUACAGCCGGACAAGAAGAUUAUGACCGAUUACGCCCCCUCUCCUAUCCGCAAACAGAUGUAUUCUUAAUUUGCUUUUCCCUUGUGAGUCCUGCAUCAUUUGAAAAUGUUCGUGCAAAGUGGUAUCCAGAGGUGCGACACCAUUGUCCCAACACUCCCAUCAUCCUAGUGGGAACGAAACUUGAUCUUAGGGAUGAUAAAGACACAAUUGAGAAACUGAAGGAGAAGAAGCUGACUCCCAUCACCUAUCCCCAGGGUUUAGCCAUGGCGAAGGAGAUUGGUGCUGUAAAAUACCUGGAGUGCUCGGCUCUCACACAGCGGGGCCUCAAGACAGUGUUCGAUGAAGCAAUCAGAGCAGUCCUCUGCCCACUCCCUGUCAAGAAGAGGAAGAGAAAAUGCCUGCUGCUGUAGAUGUCAGAGCCCCUCGUUCUUUACUCUGUCCCACUUAGAACCUUUGUACGCUUUGCUCAGAAAUGGUGGAGCCUUCGCACUCGAUGCCAAGUUUUUGUUACAGAUUAGUUUUUCCGUAAGACCAUUUUGAACCAAUCAGUAAUCUCAAGGUUUUGUUUAAAGUGUAAGAGUUCAAACUUUCACAUUCUAUUAAAAUUUAGCCCUAAAUGA